UUGCUUCGUCACGUUGGCGGCGGCAGGUGAGGGAGCUGAAGCGGCCCCCCCACCCCGGCUCCCGGGCCCCGCCCGCCUCCUCUCCGCAGCCACGGCCGCCCUCGGUGAACCACAGCCCGGCGCAGCGGGGACCUUUGUUGCAAACCUCGCGGCUGCGGUCGGGGAGACACAAACCAUGUUCCUGCUUCACUCCGGGCUGCGGGGGGCUGCGGGCCGGACCGCGGAUCUGCUGACGGGUGGAGGCUGCGGCGGACGGCGGGGAGGACGGAAUUGCUGAGUGCAGCAUGAAGCUGGAGGACCGGGCUUAGAGAAUGCACUGAUUUUCACUGUCUGACCCGAUACUGGCUUGGCAGAGAAACUGUGACAGAGAACAUGCAGAAGCAGUUACAGACGUCACCAGGAAGCGUCGCCACCAAACGCCCGACCAGUGCUCCAGGGUCACCAGCUUCCACCAUCUGUGCUAAAAUGGACAACCAGGUGCUUCCCUACAAGGAGCUGGCUGCAAUUCCCAAAGACAAGGCAAUUCUGGAGAUCGAGCGUCCGGAUCUAAUGAUCUACGAACCACAUUACAGCUACGUGUAUGCGGACAGACCGGACCCUCAGGGCGCUGCUGAGCGCCCACAUUCACCGCGACCAAUGUCACCUCUCACCUACCCUGAGUGUGUGAUGUACAAGGAGUGUCGGGAUUGGGCCGAUGAGAAAUCUCCAACGUCCUCGCUGGGAUCAGCGUGCAGUCGCCGUGGUUACACGUCUACUGGGAGCCUCCCGCAUCACUUCCACAGACCUGAUAUCGGCACCAACAUGUACAGGAAGCGGCCAAUCUACAAACAGAACGAACCGUUCCCUGUGCUUCCACAGAGCAAAUAUAUUGAGGACCUGAUCAUUGAAUCGUCCAAGUUUCCAGCAGCUCAGCCUCCUGACCCCAACGCUCCAGCCAAGAUCGAGACCGAGUACUGGCCCUGCCCACCUUCGCUGGCUGUUGUGGAGAAAGAGUGGAGGAGAAGGAUUGCGUCAAAAACCGGUGAGGAGGACGAGGAGGAGGAAGACGAUGAAACUGAUGAAAUGAGACAACUACGUGAGAUUCAAAGGAAGGAGCUGAACAAGAUCCAGUCCGGCCUUGGGAAGAUGAUAUUGAAAGAAGAGUUGGAGAAGUCAAAACCACGAGGGAGGAAAUCUCGAUCGUUACCAGACAGAACCACCAGGAGUUUCUCCCCACAGGAAUCGGCCCCCAAGUCACCCUCACUCCCCACCCAUGGAAGGAAUGGGCUCCACAGGCUGCAGUUGGCCGACUUUGCCACCCCUCACCGACAAUGCAAGAGGAGCAGUGCAGAUAUCCAGUGUGUCCCCAAUCUGUACCUUAAACUAAGUAACAUGACUACAGCCUGUUCCCUCAUCGCCACUGGAUCUAAUUCCUUGAGCAGCCACCUCAACACCACAGCAGGAGACCUUGCACAGAGCACCUUCUCUGAAGUGUGCUCGGGAAAGGACCUCGGUGCCUUGCCCCAUCGCUCUGCCCUCACAGGCGUGUGGGUGGCACUCGGUGUCUGUGAAAUUGUGUACGGUGGAGACUGCUGUGGUGUUGCCUGUUGCUGUGGGGACAAGGUGCUUACACCAGUGACGUUGGGGAACCCUAUCCCGCGGGUGGAUCUGUUGGCUCUCACUUUAUCGUUGCAGAACGGAGACCCCCUGACGGGCAGGAUGGACCGAGGUACCUCCUUACCCACCAUGUUGGAGCAGAAGAUUUACCCGUAUGAGUUACUGAAGGCGUGCAGUACCAGAAGCAUCAGCCUGCCUCGGGGAGUGGACAGGCCGCGACUAGAGAGGCAUCUGUCUCCCGAGGAGUUCCAGGAGGUUUUUGGGAUGACAAUUAAGGAGUUUGAUAAAUUGCCCCAGUGGAGGAGGACUGAGCUGAAGAAGAAGGCUUGCCUCUUUUAACGUGAGAGGGGAACCCUUCGAGAAGUUCCCCUGCUGAGACUCCAGCUCUCUAUGGUGGCUGACUUGCUCUUUGCUGGCUGUUACUCCUACAAUGUAUCAUUAGUCUCAGUAAUUGCCUAACUUUAAUUUUUUUUCUCUCUUCUAUUUCAUGAAAUCUGUUCUCAGUAUCCUGGAGUGGAACUCGGGUGAACUUUUGAUGUUUUUGAUUUGAAUCGAGUGUGCUGACUGCUCCCACUGAACCACAGGGCAGAAAUGCUACCACUCGACAGCUGCCAACCUGCUUAUAGUUCUGCAGUCUCUGCACAUGUAGACGAUAGUUCAUUAUCCCAGAUGUUGCUCUGUGGUUGCAGAGUGGUUUCGUUUGUGAUCAGCACAGCUGUCAGUGAGGCCAGCUCAAUGACCAAUUGUUCCGAUGUUUUGUCAGCAGCACUUCUCCUGAACAAAGAACUGGGCACAAGAUUGCAUUUGUUGCCAUGCAUGUUCUCUCACCACUAACCCACAGAUCUAGAAUAAAACCGUUUCUUCGUCCAAAUGCAUAUUCUGCAUUCUUCGUUAAAAAUGACUGGGAUAAGUUUACUAAAAACUAAAACCUGAGGCAACGAACUUUCAAUUACCCCGUGGCUGACACAACACAACAAUAAGGCAUCAUGCAGAUUAACUACUGAAAACCAGGUCCAAGUCCUGAUCUAAUCUAUGUUUGGAAGGUACCUAUUUAUUCACUGUGCUGCCAGAACAUGGAUGCGAUCAGCUGUAGGUAACUGGCAGAGCAUAGCUUACACCUCUGUGAAAGGUGACUGAAACCUCCCUGUUACUGCCAAUGGAAGGUAAAAUAUUACAUUUUUGUCGAAUAAUUUCACAGUAAAUGUGAUGUUUAUUCUGCAGGGUACAGAUCUUAGUGUUCCCAUCUCAUUUUCCUCUGCGGUUCCAGUGACAUUGGGUGCUGCUUGAUUGACCUUUAAAUUCUUGGUCGGUUGACGAUCUUGUAGCUAGCUGCUUCAAAAAACAAAGUGCACAUGACAUAUACAGUUGUAUUUAUGUAACAGUCUGAUUCAUCUUCCACAGCUUGUAGGGAUUUCACUGUUUUAGUGUCAGAACUAGUUCUGCAGAUAAUGGUGUUUGAGCUCAAAGGAGCUUAUGGCUGGCUUAAGAAACCACAGAUACUAAAACCAACCAUGGAUGCUCCCUGCCUCCCACAAUCACACAAAUGAUAACAUUGCUUUACUAUCAUUCCAGUAAGUAUCUGUUAUAUUUUUUGUCCACAGAAUAGAUAUCAGAUGUUUUAUAAAAUGGCUUCUUUCACAAGUAGCACUGACUGGAAACAUUCUGACAUACUGGUGUCCAACUCUUCUCUGGAAUUUAGUUCUGUCAGUGUGAUGACAUUAAGGGUUGGAAUUGGGUGGUUUAUAAAAGGAAAAUUGAGAUGGGAACAUUAGAAUCUGUAUCCUGAAGGAUAAACAUCAAAAUUGCUGUAACAUUAUUCAACGAAAAUGUCUUACUUUGCCUUCCAUUGAUUAUAUUUAUAUUCAUUUUAGCUCUAGAUAGCGAUGUUCAGAUAUUCAGAAUCAGAUUCUCUGUGACCACAAACUCCUCUCACGUCAAGCUCUGGUUCACCUGAUGUGUAGGGGCUGUGGCAUCUCGAGGGGUCGGCGCAGUGCAGUGUACCUGCCGCAAGUAACCCCACGCUCAGUACCUGUGAGUGACUGUGGUAAUGGUACAGUGUUGGGCAGUAAUUGAACAAAUGUGUGAUCCAGGGGUUUAAUGGCCCUCUCAAUGGACUGGCUGCUUAAACUCGUACUUGUGUUUUUAAUUUCUAGAGAACCAAAACUUUCAAAAGGAAAUGACUCUCAGUUCAAACUGCAUCUAAGAAUUAAAUAGAAUUUUGGAGAGAUCUGGUUAUAGCUCCAUGGGGAAAUCACCUUCCCUCUGCCUCUUGAUCUUGCUGACUCUCAACCUCACACUUCCCCCCCCCCCCCCCCCCGCUGCGUGCCUCGUUCUUGCUUCCCACUUCUCCCUGGCUUUGGCUCUCUCCCUUUCUCACCUCACCUCUUGUCCUCUGUUCAAUGCCCCUCACUCUGUUUCUCCCGCCCUUCUGUGACCACCGUCCUUCCCUCCCGACGUCUGUCACUCCCACUCAAACGCUCUCAUUCUCCCAAUCUUUCUAAUUCUGUCUUAAAUCCUCCCCCCAUCUCCCUUUCCACUCUCCGCUCUCUCUGUCCCGUUCUCCCAAUCUGUCUCUCACUGCCUUUAACCUUCCCUCUCUCCCCCUCCUCUCCACUGACAUUCUUUCCUUUCCCUCACAUUCUGAGACUCUCAAUUUUUGUCUGCCUCUCUUUAACUCUUGUACUCCUCCUCCUCCUUGUGUCUCAUGUUACAACAGUGACUGCAGUUCAAAGGACUUGGUGUAAGAUGCUUUGGGACAUCUUGAAUGGCACGUGUCAGCACCACACAAUCCCCGCCUUGUCUUUCUUCACUUCCUUGCUCUUCCUUUCUCUGAAUGUCCGUCUCCCUGUGUCUACCCCCUCGCCCCCCCCCCCCCCCCACCGUCCCGUCACAGACACUGACCUGCGGAGGAUCUCCAGCAGGCUGGGAUUUUAUCUGAUCUGCUAUUUGUCCUUAGGAGUUUGCAGAUUUCUUUCACCCAUUUGAAGUUGUAAAGAUGAACAUUGAACACAGGUGACAGUGCUGAGCGUGGGGGCUAGGGUGAGAGGAGCAAUGAUUUCUAUGAUAACCGGUGACCUUGGUAAACUGUUGUCCUUAAGCAAUAAGUGAAGCUGUUUCACUGCUUUGAGAGCUUCUAAUGUGCAGAGGCCCUGAUAUUGAUGAAGCUAAGUUGUGAGACUGUGGUCAACCAAAAGAACAUAGUAUGUGGCCCUUAAGCUCACGAUGUUGCAUCAAACUAAUUAAACUAGUAAUUAAAUGCCUAACUAAACUAGUCCCUUCUGCCUGCAAAAUGUUCAUCUCCCUCCAUUCUCUGCACAUUCAUGUGUCUAUCUAAGAGACUCUUAAACACCUCUGUCGUAUAGCCUCCACCACCACCCCUGCCAGCGCACUCCAGGCACCCACAACUCUGUGCAAAAAAAAACACCUGCUCCGCACAUCUCCUUUGAACUUUCCCUCUCUCACCUUCAAUGCAUGCCCUCUAGUAUUAGACAUUUCAAUCCUGGGAAAAAGAUACUGACUGUCUAUCCACGCCUCUCAUAAUCUUCUCUCUUAAACUUCUAU